AUGAAAAAGGCAGUGAGUGUAAUCAAAGGUCUAGCUCGCCCAUUUGUUUUUGGAAUGAUUCAUGUGCCCGCUUUGCCGGGGACGUAUAUGAACAGAUUAUCAAUGCCCGAGAUUCUACAAGUCGUUCGCAAAGAAGCACAAAUCUAUGCAGAUGCGGACAUAGAUGGAAUAAUCGUAGAAAAUAUGCAUGAUAUCCCUUACGUGAAACCACCACUUGGCCCAGAGAUUGUUUCUUCGAUGACGUUGGCUUGCCAAACCGUUGUCGACACUUUGGGCCCAAAGCGAGAGAAAAUGCUUCUUGGAGUGCAAAUUCUAGCCGGAGCCAAUAAAGAGGCACUAGCCGUGGCGCACUGCUGCGGAUUUGACCUAAUCCGAGCCGAAUGUUAUGUCUUCUCCCAUGUGGCUGACGAGGGCUGGAUGGACGGUUGUGCCGGAGAACUACUUCGUUACUCUCAUGCUAUUGGCGCUGAUUCUGUUGCUGUGAUCACUGAUAUUAAGAAAAAACAUUCAUCGCAUGCCGUCACAGAAGAUCUCAGCAUAGCCGAGGUCGCAGAAGCGGCAAAGUUCUUCUUAGCUGAUGGAGUGAUUGUUACUGGACGUUGUACAGGUGCUACUGCCGAUCCGUCAGAUGUUGAAAGUGAGUCU